UAAAGCUACCACUGACUAACAUUUACAAAGUUUCUCGGAAAGCUCGUUUUGUUACUUUUCCAGGAAUGAGCAAUACUUGAUAUUCUCUUGAAGUCUUACAAUGACAACAUACUUCUCACGUCUUAAAACCAAAACAAAUGGGGAAAAGUCAGUCAAGUAAUGCAACCUCUACGCGUACAACCCAGUUCUCAGAAUGGUCUUCUUUCUCGCUAUUAAAAGCUAUAGGGACAUUCCCUGAGAAAAAUAGCCAAGCCUAGGCUGCACUGGAAUCGAUUUUUAGAGUCUGUUUCAUGUUAAUGUUGUGUCACUCGCGUUUUACCGGUCCAAUUACAUCACUCUGACGACUCAUGAAUAACCAAUGAGAGGCAAAUGUGGAAAGCAAGGGAGAGAGUUACUCACAGAAGCGAGAAAACAAACCAAAGCAAAGACAGGGGACCCGUUUGCACUUUUCCGCAGUAUUUCUACUGCACAUAAAAGAGCACAGGUAUGCGUGUUCUGAUAUUAGCGUUAGUGGUGGCCCUGGCAGCUUACAGCGGAAGCAGCUUACAGCAAACCGGCAAUGACAGUCCGCGCGCUCGCUUGGGACGGGCACUACUGCGCAGAGCCAGGGAGAUCUCGGACAAAGAAGCAAGUGCUAGCGGCAGCGGCAGCAGCGGUGACUCCUCGGCAGACGAACAAAUCAAAGAGAUCGACACCGCCGAGGAUAUCUUCGUAGGAUCCGGAAACCAUGCAUCGGAGCGCACGGAUGGGUCAAGCACUAAGCGCGACGAGAUCCCAAGUGGCGAAGAUCACAGCGGAAGGGGUUCGGGGGUCGAACCAUCUUCGGUGGAUAAUGAUGAUGGUUCGAGUGCAGCGGCUAAACUCGAGGGAUCCGCAUCUGACGAGAGCGGAGCUGAGAGCUUGACUGUCAAUGCCAAUAAGGAUGAGAUAGGUUCGGGUGAGAGCUGGGGUACCGAUCAAGGAAGCACGUCAGCUAACGAUUAUAAUUCCGCGACGGAAGCGUCAGCAAGCGGCGUCACAGCUGAAGAUAACUCCGGCUCAUCCGCUGACAAGACACCAGGGCAGCAGGAUAAGAUCGAAGGAAGUGCAGAAGAGAGUACUGAAAAUACCACACAGAAAGAGGACGCUUCAGGGCAAAACAUAAUUCGCGUCACAGAAGCGAAGACGCAGGUCCCAGCUGAAACCAACAACAUGUCCGAGGAAAAACCCGCCAAGAAAUCCACCAUCGCAGAAGCUUCGGGAAGCCCUGCCGCUGAGGCCUCGGGCUCCGAUAAUGUGGUCGGAUCAGCUUCGGAAGGGUCGGCAAACAACGAGGACGACAGCAGCGCGGAAGCAAUCCGCAAGGGUAUGGAGAGUCUGAGCCGCUUACUGAAGCCAGUCGCAAGCUCGCUAGACUUUGAGCUGUACAGCGGGAACGCCAAGCCAAAGGAAGAGGAGGAAGAACACAACUCAGACGUGCUUCAGGCCGUGGCCGUAGGCGAGAGCGAGAAGGCUGAAGAGGUCAAGCCUCAAAAACCUGUGGCGAAGGUGAAGACGUGCAAGAAAACGUGUGCGCUGCCCAUGACAUACGACCAGUGCGCUAAUCCACGGUGCGGCCUCAAGAUGGGCACGAUCAAGGACUUGUGCAUCUGGCUGUGCAAACACCAGAAACCCGUAUGCAAGGAGCAUUGCACAACCGAGUGAAUAGCAUAGUACCAUCCAAGCACGCUCAUAUCACCCAACGACACGAAUUGCUAACACGAACGUAACUUACACGCACGAGGAUAACGUACCAUCACGCCGUGUGCUAAGGGUUUCUAAUAAGCACACAAUGGCGCGGCUAGUAUCUCAUCAUUCACCAUGUCAUGAGGCGUAAACGUUAGACAACUACACAUUAAGUAGCGCUCACCACACGACAAGGGAUUAUGUCCCAGACGUUAAAAAACUGCCGUUAGGCGUAUUAUUGUAGGUAUUUUUUACUGUGACUUUAAAUGUCGUUUUUGACAAAAGAAUCGUGGAAUUUAGUUUCCACGGACCACAGAGGGGGGUUGAGACUUCACCUUCGGUGAUGUAUAAUAUUAUAUUUCUUGAGAAAAUUCGAGCGGAUUCUUAAAGUUCUCAGAUAUUGCGUGACAAAAGCAUUAGGCGACGUUUGCCUGUUCGUAUAAGUAUUGCGUGACACGUGACAAGUGCGAUAGAGUGCAACACUCUGAGUCAAGAAGAAAGUUAUGUUUAACUUAUCGUCUCUAUUAUUACUUUAUCAAGGGCAAUAAAUUAUAAUUUCAAGUAA